AUGAAACUCCGUUCAAUUGUUCUUCUUCUCGUUCUGGUUCUUUUUACAACUGUACUUGACGAUACUGAAGCUGUUCCAGUCGCCUGGUUUCUUAGAAUCGCAGCCAAACUCGGAGUAAAGCUUGUGAAAAACAGCUACUACGCUCGCUGUAACACACGCCGCACACCUCCCGGGAUAAGCUGUCCCUCUGUUGUCUACGGUGUCGGUCUUUCUAGAGGACAGGCCCAGAACUCAGCCCGGGUUUACGCAGCUACAUUUGGGGAUGACGAGUGUAAGGGUUACGUGGGCCAUUGCAGUAUUAAGAAAUUCAUCAAGUGA